ACCAGAAACCCGAAGAAUAAAACAGGAGGGGCCAGAAACCUGGAGAAUAAAACACGAGGAACCAGAAACAUGGAGAAUAAAACCCGAGGAGCCAGAGACCCGGGGAAUAAAACCUGAGGAGCCAGAAACCUCGAGAAUAAAACCUGAGGAGCCAGAAACCCAGAGAAUAAAACCCGAGGAGCCAGAAACCCAGAGAAUAAAACCCGAGGAGCCAGAAACCCAGAGAAUAAAACCCGAGGAGCCAGAAACCCAGAGAAUAAAACCCGUUGAGCCAGAAACCCGGGGAAUAAAACACAAGGAGCCAGGAACUGGGAGAAUAACCAGAAACCUGGAGAAUAAAACACGAGGAGCCAGGAGAAUAAAACAUGAAGAACAUGGAGGCCUGAUGAAAGAAGAAAGGCAAGAUCUGAAUGAGGUGCAGGAGGAAUAUCAGGAUCAGAAAGAUCAUGAUGUCAAUGGAGAAAAAUCAGUGAGUUCCAGCCUUAAAAAAACAGGUGUCAAGAGGCCUUUCAGCUGCGCUCAGUGUGGAAAGAGUUUCAUAUAUAACAGUAAUCUUUGGGCUCAUAUGGUAAUUCAUACUGGGAUAAAGCCUUUCAGCUGCUCUCAGUGUGGAAAGAGUUUUAAACUGAAAGAACACCUUAAGAGUCAUUUGGUAACUCACUCUUCAGAAAAACCUUUCAGUUGCUCUCAGUGUGGAAAGAGUUUUACAUGUAAAGUAAGCUUAAAGGAUCACAUGUUUAUUCACACUGGAACAAAGCCUUUCAGCUGCUAUCAGUGUGGACAGCGGUUCAUACGUAACAGUAAUCUAAAGGCUCAUAUGUUAAUUCAUACUGGGAUAAAACCUUUCAGCUGCUCUCAGUGUGGAAAGAGUUUUACACUGAAAAAUAACCUUAAGAGUCAUUUGGUUACUCACUCUUCAGAAAAACCUUUCAGUUGCUCUCAGUGUGGAAAGAGUUUUGCAUGUAAAGUAAGCUUAAAGGAUCACAUGUUUAUUCACACUGGAACAAAGCCUUUCAGCUGCUCUCAGUGUGGAAUGAGUUUUACACGGAAAGUAAGCUUAAAGGAUCACAUGUUUAUUCAUACUGGAACAAAGCCUUUCAGCUGCUCUCAGUGUGGAAAGAGUUUUGCACAGAAAGCACAGCUUAAGAGUCAUUUGGUAACUCACUCUUCAGAAAAGCCUUUCAGUUGCUCUCAGUGUGGAAACACUUUCACAUUUAAAUCGAGCCUUAAGAGGCACAUGUUAAUUCAUACUGGAAUAAAGUCUUUCAGCUGCUCUCAGUGUGGAAAGAGUUUUACACAGAAAGAACAUCUUAAGAGUCAUUUGGUAACACACGGUUUAGAUAAACCUUUCAGUUGCUCUCAGUGUGGAAACACUUUUGCACGCAAAGAGACCCUUGAGAAGCACAUGUUUAUUCAUACUGGGAUAAAGCCUUUCAGCUGCUCUCAGUGUGGAAAGGGUUUUACACUGAAAGCACACCUUAAGAGUCAUUUGGUAACACACAGUUUAGAUAAACCUUUCAGUUGCUCUCAGUGUGGAAACACUUUUGCACGCAAAGAGAGCCUUGAGAAGCACAUGUUUAUUCAUACUGAGAUAAAGCCUUUCUGCUGCUCUCAGUGUGAAAAGAGUUUUACACAUAAAUCAAGCCUUAAUAGGCACAUGUUAAUUCAUACUGUGUAAAAGUCUUUCACUUGCUCUCUGUUUGGAAAAACUUUUACACAGAAAGGACAUUGCAAGGUUCAUUUGGUAACCCACUCUUCGUAAAAGCCUUUCACCUUGGGGAGUUAAAGUAAAUGACUGUUUUUCUGAAUGACUGUCAUCAACUGGAUCACCUCAAGGAUGUAUCCUCUCACCCUUAUUAUUUAUCUUGUACACAAAGACUGUAAGAGUAAAUUUGCUGAUAAUUCCAUAAUCGUUAGCUUAAUGAGUGAGGAGGACUCCAUGUUUGGCCCUGUGGUUUAUGAUUUUAUUAUGUGGUGUCAGAAUGCUUUCUUGAAAUAUACUGUAAAGGCACAAAGUGACGUGACAUUCAGCCAAGUAUGGUGACCCAUACUCAGAAUUUGUGCUCUGCAUUUAACCCAUCCAAAGUGCACACACACAGAGCAGUGUACA